AUGGCUUCGGAUGGACCAAAGUCAGGAUUCUUGGGAAAUUUGAAUCAGGAUCAGGAGGCAAAGCUACAAACACUAUGGACAGUCUUACUGAAGGCAGUCGAAACGUCCUCUCAGGAAGGACUCUCCAGUCAUCUUGCCGAGGAGCAUCCCGGUCCAUCACAACCGCAGCGGCGGCUCUCUCUACUAGGUCGGACACAGAGCAAUAUUUCCGACAAGGGCACCACGGGCGUUUCCAGUUCGCUGUACCAGCAAAAGAUCAUCACGUAUCUUCGAGGGCUUGGUAUUGGCGCCCAUGAGACUAAGAUGGUUCAGAAAGCCUUGUCCGACAUCACACCUGUCGAAUUACAAAAGGGAAUUCUUGAUACCCUCAAACAUGAUCACCCCGAUGCUAUGCUCCUGCGAUUUCUUCGGGCCCGAAAGUGGGAUGUUCCAAAGGCAUUUGCAAUGAUGAUGGACUCCAUCGUUUGGCGAGUUAAGGAAAUGCAUGUGGACGAUGACCUGCUGGCAAAAGGCGAGCUUCAUGCGUUAAAGCAAUCUCAAAAUACAGCGGAUGUUGCGGAGCAAAAGGCAGGCAAAGACUUUUUGGCCCAAAUGCGUAUGGGCAAAAGUUAUGUUCAUGGAACCGACAAAUUGGGUCGACCUAUUGUUGUUAUUCGAGUCCAGCUCCAUAAACCUGGUGCUCAAAGUGAGGAAACUUUGGAGAGGUAUAUUGUCCAUGUAAUUGAGUCAGUCAGGCUCACACUCACUCCUCCUGUUGAAACCGCUGCAGUUGUUUUUGACAUGACUGGGUUUUCUCUCUCAAAUAUGGAGUAUCCUCCCGUGAAGUUCAUUCUCAAAUGCUUCGAGGCAAACUAUCCGGAGUCUCUGGGAAUUAUGCUGAUUCAUAAUGCACCAUGGGUCUUUUCAGGAAUCUGGAGACUCAUUCGGGGCUGGAUGGAUCCGGAUAUUGCCGCUAAAGUUAAUUUCACCAACUCAGCAGCUGAUCUCGCGAAGUUCAUUUCUCGUGAUCAGCUUGUUGAUGAUCUAGGAGGCAAUGAAAAAUGGAAAUAUGAAUAUGUUGAGCCCAAGGAGAAUGAGAAUGCCCUGAUGGAGGAUACCACGACUCGGGAUGCUCUAUGUCGUGAGCGAGAGCAAAUUGGGGAGGAGUUUCUGACUGCCACAUCAAAAUGGGUUGAAGCUGCCAAAUCAAAGAAAAAGACGCGAAUUCAAUCGUCCGAGAGUCAGCGGGCUUACCUUGCGGAGCGUCUGCGCGUUAACCACUGGAAGCUCGAUCCGUAUGUCCGGGCCCGUCUCUGUCUGGACAGGAUGCAUGUCAUCCAGAAAGAUGGCAAGGUUGACUUCUACCCCAAUGAUAAGGAUAAUCGGGAGAUUAAAUCCCACGAAAUUGGCAAGACAUCGGACAUUGAGCAUCUUGAGAUAGUGAACGAAGGCGUCACUCAGGCUACUGUUUCAUAG